AUGGUAUCAAAAAACGUGAUAGCUCCUAGGGCCUUACGUCCGAAGAUCCAUCCCCAAGCAACAGAGAAUAGUUGUAUGAAGGCGGAAGUGGACACCGUCACAGUGUGGUACAGUAAAGCCUGCAGUGUCAGGGGAAAAUGGGGAGAGUUGGCGACUCACACUCUAAGAUCGGAGAUAAUAGCUAUCACUGAAACCUGGAUGCGGCAUGUGCAAGAUGUAGAGAAGCCCAGAGACUGCUGGGCUUAUAGGCAAGAUAGAGUGGACGGCAGACAAGGCGGAGGAGUACUCCUGCUGGUCAAAGCCGCUUACACUCAGCAUGACUCACCAGUAAAACUGGCAACACCUAAUAUUCAAGCCAAGGCGUGUGGUGUCCUCUUGGGAAGACGACCGUUAGGAGUGCUACUAGUCUAUCGCUCACCCCAGGCAGAACCCACAGAAGAUAUUGGACUAAUUGCUACAAUGCAGUAA